UAGGCCGCAAAUAAUCAAUGUUUCAUCUCUAGCCCCUUUUAAGUUUUGCGUUAUUUAUAUAAAUGUUUAGCGAAAUUGCGGAAAAAUUGCCUAUCCGUGCGCUCGAUUGCUGAAAAAGUAGUGGCGUUGCAACCGGCGAAGAGCCCAUCAAAGGUGGCCCAGUAGCCAAGUGACCGGAGGGCCCAAGGAAGUCCCAGUCGACGUGUUGUAUUCGGGGCGCGGCGCCUGCAGAAAACGGGCCGAACCGAACAUCCUUUAGGACAGGCACACACAAAGGGACAUCGAUACUUUCAGCCACCGCACACAAUGGCCGAGCGACCGAAAAAUUUGUUUGCAACCGGAUCCAGCCGCUCCCGCAAUCCCCCGGAUCAGCUCAGCCUGAACAACCUCAGCAUUCGCCAUCCGCCCUCGUCCACGUCGUCCACCUCGUCGGGAUCCACCUCCUCGGGCUCAAGUUCCUCAUCGCAGCACAAUCCCGUGACUCGCUGUUUCGGUGCCCAGCAGCAGCCGCAGCAGCCCGCUGCUCCACCAGCGGUGGCCAGCAGUCAGGUGCCCCCAGUUCCGGCCACCGCGAGCAGCAGCGCCGCCGAUCGCCACCGGGAGCGGAUUCGCCAGCAGGCCUGCGGCAAGCUGCAGUUCGGCGAAGGCGCCGCCAAUACACACACUUUCACUUCGGACGAUCUCGAGGAUGAGGGCGAAAUCGGACGCGGAGCCUUCGGGGCGGUCAACAAGAUGAUCUUCAAGAAACUGGACAAGGUAAUGGCCGUCAAGCGCAUACGCUCCACCGUCGACGAGAAGGAACAGAAGCAGCUGCUCAUGGAUCUCGAGGUGGUCAUGAAGUCCAACGAGUGCAUCUACAUUGUUCAGUUCUAUGGCGCGCUUUUCAAGGAGGGCGACUGCUGGAUUUGCAUGGAACUGAUGGACACCUCGUUGGAUAAGUUCUACAAGUACAUCUACGAGAAGCAGCAGCGCCACAUUCCGGAGUCCAUACUGGCCAAGAUCACGGUGGCCACGGUGAAUGCCCUCAACUAUCUGAAGGAGGAGCUAAAGAUCAUCCAUCGGGAUGUGAAGCCGAGCAAUAUUCUGCUGCACCGCCGUGGCGACAUAAAGCUGUGUGAUUUUGGCAUUUCGGGUCAGCUGGUUGACUCGAUUGCCAAGACCAAGGAUGCGGGCUGCAGGCCCUACAUGGCGCCGGAACGCAUUGAUCCCGAGCGCGCCAAGGGCUACGAUGUACGAAGCGAUGUUUGGUCUUUGGGCAUAACUUUGAUGGAGGUGGCGACCGGCAAUUUCCCCUAUCGCAAAUGGGAUUCGGUCUUUGAGCAGUUGUGUCAGGUUGUGCAAGGUGAACCGCCCAGACUAUUGACGUCCUACAACGGCAUGGAGUUCUCCAAAGAGUUUGUGGACUUUGUCAAUACUUGCCUGAUUAAGAAAGAGAGCGAUCGGCCCAAAUACAGCCGGCUGCUGGAGAUGCCCUUCAUCCGCCGCGGUGAGACGAGCCACACCGAUGUAGCCGUGUACGUGGCUGAUAUCCUUGAGUCGAUGGAAAAGGACGGCAUUACGCAGUUCACGGCCAACCAGCAGGCGGAGAGUUAAUCACCCUAUGCUAAGAAGCAAGUCAUAAACUAACUGAGAAUCAACAGCAAGCAAACUAAGCAGAUGGGCAGCAGUAAAGAUUUAAAUUGUUGUCUACUUUGUAGCAUUCGUAGAAAACCUAGCGCAUAUUUUGUUAAACAGAAAAACAAAAUUAAGCGAAAAGUGUGUAAGCUGGUAGUAAGCUAAAUGUGUGUAUAGUUUAAAGUCCCCCAAGAAGCCUAUUGUAAUUCAAUAAUUUUUGUAUUCGCAGUUUUGUGCGUCAAGUUUUGUGUUGAAAAUAAAUUUGUGUUAAAACAGGCCAGCAGCGGGUUACAGUCGAGUAUUUCGGCCAGUCAUUUGACCGGCUUUAAACCCCCGCUCAAAGCCUAUUUACAUUCAAUCAAGCGAGCAUUUUAAAA